AUGGGUCAAACACUGUCGGAACCGGUCACGUCAAAAAACUCUCAAAAAGUUGAAAACCAUUUAUAUUCAGUGGGUAGUAGUAGUAUGCAAGGAUGGCGUAUAAAUAUGGAAGACGCUCACACUCACAUUUUAACAUUACCCGAAGAUAAAAGCUGCUUAUAUUGCGCUGUCUAUGAUGGACACGGAGGAGCAAAAGUAGCACAACAUUCAUCUAAAUACUUACAUACACGUAUUGCUAAUCAACCAGACUUUAAACAAGGAAAUAUUGAAGGAGCUAUUCGAAAAGGUUUUCUAGAAUUUGAUAAAGAAAUGUCUUUAGACGAAGAUAUAAAAGAAGACUUGGCUGGCACUACAGCUAUAUGUGUUUUGAUUAAAGAUCAAAAACUAUUUUGUGGAAAUGUGGGUGAUAGUCGAGCAAUAGCGUCGGUUAAUGGUAAUGUUGAGAUACUUUCUGUCGAUCAUAAACCAAAUAACGAUGAGGAAAGAAAACGAAUAACAGCUGCUGGUGGUUGGGUAGAAUUUAAUCGUGUUAAUGGUAAUUUGGCAUUGUCUCGAGCAUUGGGUGAUUUUAUAUUUAAACGUAACACGGAUAAACGAGCUGAAGAACAAGUUGUUACCGCUGCUCCGGAUGUUGUUUGUAAAACAGUCAAUGACGAUUGGGAAUUUAUAUUAAUUGCUUGCGACGGUAUAUGGGAUGUGCUUAGUAAUGAAGAAGUAUUAAAGUUUGUUCGAGUUCGUGUUGCUCAACAAAUGCCGCCAGAAACGAUCUGUGAAGAACUUAUGACUCGUUGCUUAGCACCCAAUUGUCAAAUGGGUGGGCUCGGUUGUGAUAAUAUGACAGUUGUCUUGUGUCUUUUACUACAUGGACAACCUUAUUCAGUGUUAGCCACGAAAUGUUCAAAAAAUUCAAUCAAUAGUGAUCUAUCUCCAUCGUCACCAAAUGAAGCGCCAUCAUCAAAAUGA